AUGGGGCGGGUCACGUGGGCAGGCGCGUUCCCACGCCCCCUCCGCUGGGUUCCGGGAUGGAGCGAGCACCGGGAUCGGGAUCGGGAUCGGGAUCCGGGACCGGGACCGGGACCGGCUCCGGCUCGCUGGGCCGCCACCGCCUGCGUGGUAACGGGCGCUUCCCGCGGCUUCGGCCGCAGCCUGGCGCGGCUGCUGGCGCCGCAGCUCGGGCCCGGCUCGGUGCUGAUGCUCCUGGCGCGCUCCGGAGAUGCGCUGGCUGAGCUGGCGGCCGAGCUGCGCGCCGGGGCCACCGGCAGUGCCACCGGCAGUGCCACCGGCAGUGCCACCGGCAGUGCCACCGGCAGCGCCACCGGCAGCAGCGAGCUGCGGGUGCAGUGCGUGCCCGCUGACCUGGGCUCCGCGGAGGGGCUGCGGAGGGCGGGCGCUGCCCUGUGGGAGCUGCUGCGGGACGCGUCCUUCGGCCGCCUGCUGCUGGUCAACAACGCCGGCUCCUUGGGAGACAUCUCCAAAUCCUUCCUGGACCUGACCGACCUGGAGGAGAUCGACUCCUACUUCUUCUUCAACAUCAGCUCUGCCCUCUGCCUGACCUCCACGGCCCUGAGGGCCUUUGGGGCACGGCCUGGCUGCAGCAGGACCGUGGUGAACAUCUCAUCCCUGUGUGCCCUGGAGCCCUUCCCCAGCUGGGCCCUGUACUGCUCUGGCAAGGCUGCCAGGGACAUGAUGUUCCGUGUGCUGGCCCUGGAGGAGCCCGGAGUCCGUGUGCUCAACUAUGCCCCGGGGCCCCUGGACACGGACAUGCAGCUCCUGGCCCGGAGCAGGACUGGGGACCUUGAGCUGCGCCAGCGCUUCCAGAGGCUGCAGGAGCAGGGGCAGCUCAUCCCGAGCUCUGUGUCAGCCCAGAAGCUGCUCCAGCUCCUGCAGGACGAUUCCUUUCCCUCCGGAGCACACGUGGAUUUCUUUGACAUCUGAGCCCUUCCACUUUCCUCUCCCUGCUUUGCUUCCAGCUGAGCCUUUCCCUGGUGCCUCCAGCGGGACCUUGUUCAAAUCCUGGGGGCUGGGAAGCCUUUAAGGACUCCUGUGUGAGCCUUUUGGUGCCUUUUUGGUCUCUGUGUGCCCUUUGGUGCCCUUUUCUGGCUCUGUGUGCCCUUUGGUGCCCUUUUCUGUCUCUGUGUGCCCUUUGGUGCCCUUUUCUGUCUCUGUGUGCCCUUUGGUGCCUUUUCUGUCUCUGUGUGCCCUUUGGUGCCUUUUUCUGGCUCUGUGUGCCCUUUGGUGCCCUUUUCUGGCUCUGUGUGCCCUUUGGUGCCCUUGUGGGGCUGGGCAGCAGCUCCUGCUGCUGAGCCCUCGCUGGCAGGGCUGCAAUCCCUCUCUCCCAGGGAUUUGGGAUUUGUCUCGGUGGAAUUGCCCUGGAAGGCUCAAACUCAGGAGUUUGUGGGAGCCAAAGGCACACGAGGGCUGUGCCAGCCCCACAGAGGCCCAGCAGGAGCUGUGUCCCCAUGUGUGUCCCCAUGUGUGUCCCCAUGUGUGUCCCCAUGUGUGUCCCCUUUGUCCCCAAGGAGCCAUUCCUGGGCUGGGGAUGUCCCCAUGGGGUGUUUGAGGGUCCCAGGAUGAGGGAGGAGAUGAGAAUCUUGAUUCCAUGUUCUCAGA